AUGACGACUUCAGUGCUAACUCGAGCUGGCGAUGUGUCUUAUACUAUUCGCGGAGAGGGCCGCCCCUUGCUCUUACUACACGCUUUGCUACAUGAUAGCCACGAUUUCGACCCUAUCGUGUUUCAACUAGCUGAUCGUUUUCAGACGAUAGCAGUUGACUGGCCCUGGCACGGUGCCUCGCUAGAAACCACGACGAAGUCUCGAGAACCCAGCGCAGUCUUGAUCGCAGAGGUUCUCGAAGAUUUUGUCACGGCUCUCGAUCUACCACCUGCUAUCAUCAUAGGAAACUCAGUGGGUGGUUUUGCGGCCGCAAGACUAGCCAUCACCCACCCAGAACGUGUUCAGUCUCUCAUAUUGGUGAAUACGGGCGGGUUCCCAUCCUUGAACUUUGUGAAUCGCUUCUUCUGCUACUCGCUUGGCUAUCCGGUAGUAGCGCGCUUAGUACUGCCAUAUAUGAUCCCUGCGUAUAUGAAGUCAAAGACACCAAGCGAUACAGUGAUCUCGCAGAAGGCGGCAUCCCGGGCGAGAAUAUGGCAAGGGGCUUCGAUCGCGGCAGCCAUCUGGAGAAGCUUCCUUGACGACAGCCACGACCUUCGAAGCAAGGGUCAGGCUAUCCGUGCGCCCACACUAAUAAUCUGGGGAACCAAAGAUAUCGUGCCUGUGGAAACCGCACAUCUUGUGAAAAGAUCUAUUCCAGGGUCCCAGCUCGAAUUUCUAGAGACUGGACAUGUGGUUUUCUCUUCAGACCCCGACGGCUUUCUUGAUAUUGUGAAUAAGUUUCUGGAGUAG